CGCAUUAUAUCGCGCAUGUUUCUGGUCGCCCAAAGAUCACAUUUAUACCUACGCGACGGAUCACAGCAUUCGCUGCGACAUCCCCUCAUUAUGAUCGCGAUACGUUUAUUUAUUUAUUUAUUUUUAGGGGGGGGGGGGGGUAUGUUUUGAUUUGUAAUGUUAUUGAAAAAAAGCGGCAGUGACCAUUCUGCCAUACUUUGACAUUACAUGCGUGUACAAGGCCUUGCUUGUUUGUGAUAACACAGAAUACAACGAACAACAUUUUACAAACAUUAUUACAGGUAUUAUUGUAUGGUAUUGUAUAGUAUAUAUUGGCCUACGCAUGUACAUUUAGGUAGAGGUUGCAUCUUAAAACCUCAGCCGAAAUAAGGAAAAACAUGGUGGUUGUAAGUUAUUAAUAUUGCAUGGCAGGGCAUUUCUAACGGCAGAAUGCAAGCGAGCAAUUCGCAGGAGACAAGCCGCCGGCAGAGCGCUGGUGCUGAGAUUAGACGGCAGCCGCAGCAUCAUCCCCAGCAUCUCCGAGCGAAUCCCAUUACAUCACUAUGUCCUGACGCGAUUGGCUGAAGGUCAAGGGCUCGCAAACCAGCGCUUCUUCGCCAUAGUUUUCGCUGAUUUUUUUUUUGGCGUCUUGAACCUUUUUCCCCCCUGCCUCCGCAAGCCUAGCGAUAUAUCCGUUAUCCGUAAACACGGCUCCAUGAUGGCAGAGAGCGAGGCAGAAACGCCAAGCACCCCAAUCGAGUUUGAGAGCAAAUAUUUCGAAUAUAAUGGCGUGAGGCUUCCUCCGUUCUGCAGAGGGAAGAUGGAGGAAAUCGCCAACUUCUCUCUCAGGAGUAGUGAUAUAUGGAUUGUCACCUAUCCAAAAUCAGGGACGAGUCUGCUCCAGGAAUUGGUGUACCUUGUAAGCCAAGGAGCUGACCCAGAUGAGAUUGGGCUGAUGAACAUCGAGGAGCAGCUUCCUGUUCUGGAGUACCCUCAGCCGGGCCUGGAUAUCAUCCAGGAGCUGACGUCUCCUCGCCUGAUCAAGAGCCACCUACCUUACCGCUUCCUUCCCAUGGCCUUACACAAUGGCGAGUCCAAGGUGAUUUACAUGGCCAGGAACCCCAAAGACCUAGUGGUGUCCUACUACCAGUUCCACCGCUCGCUGCGGACCAUGAGCUACCGGGGCACCUUCCAGGAGUUCUGCCGCAGGUUUAUGAAUGACAAACUGGGAUAUGGCUCCUGGUUUGAGCACGUGCAGGAAUUCUGGGACCACCGCCUGGACUCCAACGUGCUCUUCCUGAAGUACGAGGACAUGUACAAGGACCUGGCCAGCGUGGUGGAGCAUUUGACCCGCUUCCUUGGCAUCUCCUGCGACAAGGCCCAGCUGGAAGCCAUGGUGGAGAGCUGCCAUCAGCUUAUCGAGCAGUGCGGGGACUCGGAAGCCCUGUCAAUCUGCAGAGGGCGGGUGGGCUUGUGGAAAGACAUCUUCACCGUCUCCAUGAACGACAAGUUUGACGCAGUGUACAAGCAGAAGAUGGGAAAGUCGGACCUGACCUUCGACUUCAGCCUGUGAGAGGGCACCGUGCCACACGCCAGCCGGACAGCUGCAGAUGCCCGCCGCCCGCGUGUGCCUGCUCCGCCUCACGGCCCCUUCGCUCCCCCCUCGCACUCCACCCCCACCCCCCAUGGAGAUUCCUCCUUGCCCCCGGCUCCGCCCCCAUGUAUAAUCAGCAGCCACCUACCACGCUGUUAUUAUUUGCCUUAUGUAACGUAUGUAUGUAUGUAUAUACGGUACCAUUUAUUGUACAAAGCAGUGGCUUCACCCUGACCUACCUGCUUGGCGCAGUGAUGUGUGUUUUACGCCUUUCUCCUUCAGUGACGUCCUUGGCCCCCAUCAUAACAUACAUGAGAGUCACAUGAUGUUUUAGUGACACACUGAUGUCGCUACAUUUCCAGGGAAAUAAAAAAAAAUGUAUAUGUGUCUUUAAAUAAAUAAAUAAAUAAAUACUUUAAUGUCUUA